GGAUCACGGACGUGGAUGACAAAUGCGGGCAAGCUCAACUGCUGAGCGGAUGCAAAUCCCCCCGACCCCCACCACGUACGGUUGCGAUCUCACCACCCGCAAGGCCGCACCCGCACGCGCCCGCCACCACCCCACCGCUCGAGGCCGCGCCUGCGCCACUGCGGCCGCGCCGACACCCGCGCCCGCCCGCACGCUUGCGGCCCCAGCCAGAGCCGCCGGCGGCGAGCGCGCGAGCGGUGGACCGGUGGUAGGUGGCAAAGCAAUGGUGGCGCCGGGUGGAGGAGGAGGAGGAGGAGGCUCGGCGCGGUGGCCUUCGGAGGAGGAGUUGGAAAUUGUACGAAAGAAAGUUGUGGAGAUUAGUGGAAGGGAUGAACGUGAGGUUAGGGUCGCUGCUUGCCCUUACAGAAUUUGCCCUUUGGGGGCUCACAUUGAUCAUCAGGGUGGAAUUGUCACAGCAAUGACCAUAAAUUAUGGAGUACUCCUUGGUUUUGUGCCCUCUAAUGAUUCCGAGAUUUUACUCCAAUCUGGCCAAUUUGAAGGUGUUAUACGAUUCAGAGUUGAUGACUUACAAAAGCCUAUUGAUAACCCAGAGAACAUAAACUGGGAAAGCUAUGCAAGAGGUGCUGUUUAUGCACUGCAGAAUAGUGGAUAUGAUCUCAGGAAGGGUAUCAUAGGCUAUAUUUCUGGUGUGAAAGGUCUUGAUAGCUCAGGGCUUAGUUCUUCUGCAGCGGUUGGCAUUUCCUAUUUACUGGCUUUAGAAAAUGUAAAUGAUCUGGUUGUAUCAUCUGUGGAUAACAUUCAGUUGGACAAGUCCAUUGAAAAUAAAUACUUGGGUCUUGAAAAUGGCAUUCUAGAUCCAUCUGCCAUUUUGUUGUCACGGUAUGGUUAUCUCACCUUCAUGGAUUGCAAGACCGCUUCACCUUCCUACGUCUACUUCUCAGAGCUGAGUAAAAGCCAGCAGCCUCAGGGACAUCUACCAUUCAAGAUUUUGUUGGCAUUUUCUGGCCUGCAACAUAAUCUGCCGAAGAAGCGUGGAUAUAAUACACGAGUUUUCGAGUGCAAAGAGGCUGCCCGUGCUCUUUUGCACGCUUCAGGCUGUGAAGAAGCAUCAAAUAUACUUCGUAAUGUUGACUCGGUUGUAUAUGAGGCCCAGAAGUGUGUAUUGGAAGAAAAUCUUUCCAGGAGAGCUGAGCACUACUUUUCUGAAAUGAAGCGGGUUGCUAAGGGCAGAGAUGCAUGGGCUUUUGGGAACCUGCAAGAACUUGGGCAGCUGAUCUCUGCUUCUGGUCGUAGCUCCAUACUCAACUACGAAUGCGGGAGCAAAGAGAUGAUACAGCUGUACGAGAUCCUCCUGAAGGCCCCCGGCGUCCUGGGCGCCCGGUUCAGCGGCGCUGGCUUCAGGGGCUGCUGCCUGGCGAUCGUGGAGAGCAACCGCGCUGAGGAGGCGGCCGCCUAUGUCGCAGCCGAGUACGAGAAGGCCCAGCCCGAGCUGGUGUCCAGGAUCCCCGCGGAUCGCCGCGUGCUGGUCUGCGAGCCCGGGGACUCCGCGCGCGUCAUAUUGCCCGACGACUGCCUCCAUUCGUGAUGGCGCCCUUCUGACGGAGGCCGGCGGUGUGAAGAGGGCUGCUCCACGCUCGUGUCGUGUGGGCGUCGGAGUGUCAAUUAUUGACGACGUAUAGUAUCCGAGGGUGCAGGGCAUCCUUGUACGUGAUGUGCUGUCCAUUUGACCCAUUCGUUUGUACGUACGAUACAAUAAGCGUGACGCUCGCGUUUGUAUCGAACAAUAAGAUUUUCGAGUAAAAAAAGAGGUGGAAUGCACUGUGUAGACUAA